AUGAUCAAAGCAUUAAUGGGUGCAGUAGGGGAGACAUUGACUACAAGAUCUCCCAGGUUCCAACUUCAACAACAUAGCUGGAGGCAGAGAAUAAUGUGGAUGUGGACAGAUUUUGGUACUAUACUUAAGUCGAGGCCGAUUAGAGCUGCUCAUUGUUUAACAUCUAUUCAGGUAAGUAGUUCCCCUCUUAAAAGCAUUGUUAUUAAUGGGGAGACCUCAUUAUCCAUUUACACAGUUUUAGAGGUAUAUAGAGUUUCAGAUAUGGAACUUGUCAGUGCGCUUCCGAGUGCAGAAGAUGAGGUCAAUGUAGCUUGCUUUCAUCCUCUUGCUGGAGGUGGUCUUGUUUAUGGAACCAAGCAUAAUGGUGGUCAUGCGCCCAGACCUGAUCACUUUUUUGAAGCAAGAGCAGUUGAGCUUCAAGACGAAGUCAUACUUUCAAAUUCAAAGAGAUUGCAGAUCACUUAAACCAAUGUGAACAAUUUACCCUCGACAUUUUCCUUGAUAGGAGUGGGUCAGCUGGAAUGAGGCAAAGGGAGUGGGUUGACCUUUUGUUUUUUUGUUAAAUGUUAAUCGUUACUGAAAGCAAAAAAAAUCAAAAUUUAAUUUUGAUUUAUUUGAUGUCUCGUGUCUUGCAGGUUCAUGGUGGUCGGCAGUCCAUGGUUGAUGAAAGCGAAUAGCUUUGGAGUUAGAAGAGGAAAAGAAAGCUCAAGCCAAAAGAGAUAAGAUGCUGCAAAUGCAAGUGUUGCAUUCUUCAUUUCAAUUGUUAGUAUGAAACACAGAGUAGAUGGGCCAAUGUACAACUUCUUAUCCAUAUAACAUCUGUUUGGAGCAUUAGUCUUAAAGAAUUAUGAAAGCCAAGAUGCAACUUUAGUUAGUUGGAAUUUGAUGUAGAGAGUAGAUUACAUGCAAAUUUAGAUAUUGUAAAAAAUAGAAUUGUAUGACAUUAAAUUUUAUGCAAUGGAUUGUAUUUUUUGUAUAUGAUAUUUUAUUUCUAUUAUGAGACAUUAAA